GGAUCCAACAAGCACCGGCAGAGGAAGGUUGCAAAGGUGCUAAAGCAGCUGCUUGCCAUGGCAUUUGGAAUGCUCAUCUACAUUUUGCUGAAAGUCAGCAUCUGUUUGCAUUACACAGCAAUGGGGGCACUGAGUGAGGAGGCGGCUCUCACUGCUUCAUCCCUCAGCACAGAACUGUGGAAUAGCUGGACGAAAAACAACACUGAAGCAUACUAUGCCGAGCAACCAAGGCUCCUGAAGCUCAUGCAGACCUGUCUGGAGGAACACCACAGUUAUUGCAUAAACGGGCUCUGUGCUUUCCACAGCGAACUGAGGAAACCCAUAUGCAAGUGCCUUGCGGGUUACAAUGGAGAGAGGUGUGAACAUUUAACACUGAAUUCCUAUGCGCAUAAUUCUUAUGAGCGCUACAUUGCUGUGGGAAUUGGCAUAGGAAUACUCACAAGUGGGAUACUUGCAAUCAUCUACUGCUAUGUAAGAAAGAGAUGCAGGAAAUUGAAAUCUCCCUACAAAGUCUGCAUGGGAGAGACAGCGCUGUGAAGCCCUGGCAUCGAGAUGCUUACCAGUGCGUCUGUAAACAAGAGGCAGUUCUGUUUGGAGGGCAACUCCACACAGUCUAGCAGUGCCCCAGCCUCGCUGAUGGGAUGAAAUAAAGGGAAUGACAGAGUGAGGGCAUGAAUGGAGCUCCUGCAGAACUGAUGGGCUCCAUUUGCUUCUGAAGAAAGACUUACUGUUUUUAGACAAGGUUGCUAGAUGAGCGGGUCAGAACAGCGGAGAAUACUUGCAGCCUUCUCAACGCUCUCCUGUGCUUCAGAUUUGCUGAGGGGAGGAUUGAUUUCUUUCACCUAUUUUCAGUCAUUUCAAGCCCUGCUGGGGUAAUUCUGCUCUGCUCUUUUCUAUCUUUUUUUUUUUCCCUUCCCCUUUCCGCUCUGGAGGAGAACGAUAACCUGUUUCACAACGGAGCUGUAUUCUGAACAUCACGUGCUGAUGAGAAGCUGUCUGGAUUCUGCUGUCGCAAUGUUGACUGCCUUUCAAAAGGGACUGGACAUCUUUCUUCCAAUGGAUUAUUGAGUGCACUCACAACAAAGAGCACAACUCCUCCCAAACAUCGUAGGGUGGCUCAUUACAUUCCUGAAACUUAAAGCAAACCUUGCCUUGCUGCACUGUGAUUUCAGAGCGAGACUCUAGUUGCUACAGAAGCUGGAAUUAUGUUAUGAAAUUUGGUAGAGCUUUGCCAAGGAAGCAGAACCGCUUCACUCCUUUCUCAUAUUACAUGUACAAUGGGAUCACUCAAAUAAGAAAGAAAUGAGCAUAGGGAUUUUGUUCCACCCCAGCCAGACAGGUUAUUUAUUAUCAGGUGCUUGUUUUGCUUCGUCUUUCCUACAAAGAAGUGCAAAGGCAAGAAGAGAAGAUUUUGUUCAAGGAGAAGGGAAGAAAAUUGGUUCCAGUGAUGGUGACACUAACUGUGAUUUCUCACUGACAUUUGGAGUUACCUGCCAAUGCUAAUGGGAUUGGAGAUGGCUCCCAGAUACUUUUUUCAUUUCAGCUGUUGCACGUUGUAGACACAUCUUCCAUGCUUAGUCAUCUACAAGGAAAAGACAGUUAGGUACCUUGGCAAUCUUUGUGAUUGUUGUGGAAUGAUACGGGCUCCUAAUUUAGGUGAAAUGCUGAGAAGUUUAAUUUCUUUGUUCUGUGAGUUCGUUUUUACCAAAUGAUGAAUAUAAUUCCUUUAUUAAAACAAAACAAAAAAACAAAACAAAAAACAUCCGUGUAUUUAUAAGACUACAAUGGUAGUGCUGAAAUGUAUAUGAAAGAGUGGGUUUUGAAAGGGUAAAUGUGCUUUAGCACUUGGCUGGUCUGAAGUUGGUGGCUUUUCACAUGGGGGCUCCUGGUCGGUAGCUGAAUACUGAACUGAAAUGCCUAUUAAAAACUGCAUAUGAUCAGGAAAGCACAAGUGAGAUAUCUUCCUCUGAGAAAGCUGUCAUUGCUCGUCAGUCCAAAAGAGGAAAAACUGCAAAACAUUUGUCAUGCAGGUUCAUCUUCUUCUCCAGAAUGUCUUUUCCUGCUGUCACAGAGCGGCGGGUUUUUGUGUGUGUGUUUUAACCAUUUGUGAAUCCUCUCGUUGAUGUAUUUGACUAUCUAGUAGUGCUCCUUGAAAGAAAAUUACUUGUUGCAGUGAGAUGCUCUGUACCUAGAGAAAGGCAUAGCGACUUUUUCUGUUUUGAUAAAUGAAGGUGUAUUCUGAAAAGGAAGCUGUAUUUCAAUUUGGGAGAAAGUUCAA